UGGGGAGGGAAUUUCAAAGCUAAACUAAACAUGGCGACAAAAACAUCUGGUUUUGAUGAUAGUUUUUGAGAUGUUAUCCAUGUCAAGGAUGUCUUAGGUCUUUAAUCGCAGGUAUAAUUAGUGGAAAUGAUGCAAUAAAUAGUCGAUUUUUUCAUUUUAAAAAUAAUUUUCCUUCCAUGAUUUUAAAAGGCACCUUUUAAAAAAUGUAUAUAACGCCCGGACGCCGUGAGAAGUAAAAUAAGUAAAAAAUAAAAAAAGUAACAUUGAAUUAUUGUCAUUGAAUUUGAAUUGAAUGAUAAGUAUUAAAUAGUAUUAAGUUGCAAUUAUGUAUAGUCUAAAUCAUGGGUGGCCAACAUUUUUAGCAGGCGGGCCCAAUUUCAGAAAUAAUAUUUCCUGCUGGGCCACGCACCUAAUUUAAAAAUUAAAAUUAAAGUAAACAAGCUAAGCAGUACCACAAUCCACAUUGACCACAUCGUUGCUUCCCACCGCGAAUAGCGUUGCAAAUGUAAAAAUAAGCACAUUAUGGUUUUUAAAAUCCUGAUGUCGGUUUUCAAAUUCGAGGGUUAAGUCAGAUAUCAAAGAAUCAUAUAUAUCCACUAAUGACAAUGUAGGAAAGUUAGUUAAGUUUUUUGUCCUCAACUGUUGUUCUCAAAGACCAAGUUUCAUUUGAAAUUCAGAAAUUCUGAGAAAUAUGAUCAUACAUCUUAUUAAUUUAUUGAUCUGUCCCUUGUAGAUGAGUUUUAACGUCAUUUAGGUAACUGGUUAUAUUGUCCAGAAAUGCAAAUUCUGAAACACACUCUCUGUCUUCUUCAAAUUCUGGGAUACUUAUUGACAUUGGCUUGCUUGCAAAGAAUGAUUGUAUUUAUUGCUGCAAAUCAAACAUUCUUUUCAACAUUUUGGCAUGGGUCAGCCAUCCUAUUUCUGCUUAAAUUGUAACAUCACGUCAUUAUAAUCUGAGUCCAAAGACUUUGGAAAUUCUUGGGUCUGACAAUGAUUCAACCCGUUCGACUUAAUGUAGAUCACUAUUUUGAUUAUCACUUUCAUGACAUAGAACAUAAAUUCUCCUGAUUAAAAAUGCAAUGAAAGUUAACCAUUGACAUAUUACCGACUUUGGACUUUAAGGCUCUUCUGUCAUUUUCAUUCAUUGACAUAAUGAUUUCUUCUGUUAAAAAACGUCCAAAACUUAUUGAUUCAGAAGGCCUACAGUUUAACUCUCAAAGUACGUUGUAUUGACUUUUUGAUCUUUAGUGGUCGAUGGAUUAUAAAUUAAUUUUUUUGUCGCCUUUCUACACACCAAAGUUACUUUAUGUAUGAAAAUAUAAUUUUUUUGAUAAAUUUCUUAAAAAUAUUUUUAAAAUAUCAAUUUUAAGUGUAAAUUUAGAUUUUUAACAAAUUUAGUCUGUGCAUUGUGUUUUGGUUUUGUUGAUGACGCUAUUUUUGUCUGCCAUAUUGCAAAUCCUGUUAACUCCACUGAAGGCUGGUAGCACAAAAUGACUCAAAAAAAGGCUCAAGAUUUAUCUUCCAACGUUGUCAUUGUUUAUAUUUCAAGUCAAAGCGUGAUACUAGCCCGAUAAAAACAAGAAGACAUGACUGCUGAUGAUUUUGUUUAUUUUCACCUCAUCAAAAGUUCGCUAUCAGUGGUAAGAUUUUUAUUCUUUGUUAUGACGGGUCAAAACACACUCAAAUUUUAUGUAAUUAUUGCAAAAUACUAAAUUUACAUUUAUAUACAGUAACAGCGGACUUCAUAAAUAUUAAAAAUAAUUAUUUAAGCUUACUCAUACUCAUUAAUUUUUAGUUCCAGGUCAUCAAGGGUAUAUUUUAUUAUCUUUUUUUUUUUCAUAGGCUCUAGUUGUUUGAAAUUUUCCUUUGUUUACAUUAGAUAUGCUUAGAGGAGGCAAUGACUUUUUGGUCUAUAAUUUAUUCUGGAUUAAAAACAGCUUUUACUUUUGAAUGUUUGUUAUUUUUAAUUGCAUAAUUCAUUUAGUUUUGUUCAUUAAAAAAAAUUAUAAGAUCUAAUUCUAUAUUUAAUACUUGUAUUCUAUUGUUAUUUCACAGUCUCAGAGCAAUGACUAGGACAUUGGGCAACCCAAUAAUCAUGGCAAUGCUAUUCCUGUCAUAAGACCCGAUCUGCCUAUGGAAACCUGUCCAAAACAAGACAAAAUAAGGAGCAUAUUCACCUUUAUCACUUUUCAACUUCAAUUUACAUCAAGAAUGGAGAUAGUUGCGCGGCCGCAGCUUAAAUGGAAAAUUGCAGCUGCAUGUUAUGGCAGCUAAGCCAACUGAUUUUAAAACUGGACAUUCCAGCUGAUAAACAAAAUUUCUAACAUUCAUUGGACUUCUAAACUAAGAGCCCAACUUGUGUUGACUGUAACUGUAUAAAAAAGAGUUUAUUUACUGGAUUAUGGCAUUAUGAAAUUCAUUAAAAAAAAAUUUUUUAGGCCAAUUUACAGGUCUAUACUCAAUAAGUUUCUAAAAGAAAAAACGAGUAAACUGCUGAUAUCUGGUAUAGUUAAUUUUAACAGAGAUUGAUGAAUAAGACAUGCAUGCUAAGAUGGUCCCUGGAGCAACCAUAAUAAAUAAUCAAGAGAAGCAGGAGAGGAUAGGACACAGCAGGAGAGGAUAGGACGUACUCAUUUCAUAAAUAUAACACAAUACCGGUAUGAACAACAUAACUGCAAAUGAAUUAUUGGUUAUUGCAGUUUCAAUUUUCUAGUUAAAUGGUAUAAAUGGUUGUGUUGUUACUGUAGGUAAGCUAAAUGCAACUACUGUGGCAAGUUGAUUUUAGAAGUUGAAUUGUGGAUAAAAGAUAUCAGGUUUAGAAUAAAUACAAAAAUAUGGACAGAAAUCUUAAAAUUGUUAGUAGAAGAAAACAACAGUGGACGAGAUGGUCAAGAGACUUAUUCUUUCCUUUUAAUUAAUGUUCUAGUGUUAGGCUUAUAGUGAAUGUUCCCUCUAAGGUUUGCUAGUUCGUGUGCAAAAUCAUACAGUUGUGUGCAAAGUUUUACAGCAUCAAUUUUUUUGUGUGCAAAAUUUUACAGCCCAAAAACACAAGCACACACUUACAUAGAAAUUUGAUGCGCCGAUACUCAAAACUGCUGCGCGGCGUCUUCUUUGAGAUAGUUGCGCGGCCGCAGCUUAAAUGGAAAAUUGCUUAUAGUCAUAUAUAUUUUAAUCAAAAGAAAACAAAAUGAAUGUCAUGAAUGAUUAAUAAGAUCUUAUUAGCUUUAGUCUUUUUAGUUCCUCAGUAGAAUUGAUCAGGUGGUGACAAACAUUGUUGACAAUGCUCAUUUUUCUACUGCAGACUGCAGCAAUAUAAAUGAAUAUGUCUCAGCAAUGGCAUGCUGUUGCAUGUUGCAUGAAAUGGUUGCUUACGGUAAAGAUAUAAUGUGAAAAUCUUUAUUUGGUUUAUAAAAUAGAGAGAAAAUUUGGACUUAAUAUGCUGCCAAUUUUAACAAAAAUUGUCAUGUUUCACACCGAUAUUUGUUUAAAUGUAUCGAAUGUGGUAUAUUUUUGUAAAAAUUUGUUAAAAAUUAUUUACAUUCACUAAUAUUAUUUGUUAAUAAUAAUAAUAUUUCUCUCAUGAAAUACUUGCUUUGUUUUCUUUAACUUUUUUUGGUUCAAUUAAAAAAAUAUUAACUCUUUUAAAAAAAAAUUUGAAUGUAUUUUUUAAAAGUGGCAUUAUUCUUACAAAUAUGGGUAAAAGUGCAUGAAAUUAUUAUAUGUGUUGUAAAAAUGGAUACCAUUGAUGGAUAUAAUAAAAAUUUUAACUUAGGACUCAAUACUUAUUUUUUUGCUUUACCUAUUUGUAAUAUGUUUGUAUUUUGGUGAAAAUUUAGCACAAAAUUCAUCCAAAUUUGCAUCAUGUUAAUUUUUAUUUCAAAAGAACGCCUCACAAGCAGAAGAGUUCUCUGUGUAACCACUAAAAACUGUUGUUUUUUUUUUGGGCACCCAUGGCGCCAAAGCAAAUUUUAAAUGUUCUGGUUUUAAAUUUGAAAAAAAUGUUCACCUCAAUAGUGAAUUCUAAGUAGUUAAGCUUAAAUACAAAAAAUUAAGGCCUAAGUCUAAAGCAAUUGGUUUCCUUUGGUGCUGUCUUAAAUUUGUAAUUUAUCGGGAAUAACUGGUCCAUUUUCCCCCAUAUUUACCUUAGCACAGUGGUUCUCAACCGUUAUAAUGCCGCGACCCCUUAAUACAGAUCCUCGUGUGGUGGCGACCCCCCAGCUACAUAAAUUAUUUUCGUUGCUACUUCAUAACUGUAGAGUACAUGUGUUUUCAAAUGUUCUUAGGCGACCCCUGGGAAAGGGUAGUGCGACCCCCAAAGGAGUCGUGACCCACAGGUUGAGAACCGCUGCCUUAGCACUUGCUAACAACAUUUAAUUCAAUAAUGCAUUUCUUUGUCUUUUCAAAUUGAUUGUGAACCCUUUAAAAGACAACAAGAGCAUGUCAUCAUGACUGAUGUUAUUGAAGAUCUGGAGAAUUUCUUGCGCAGAGCUAUUGACUGUUUAAAUCAUAUCCUUACUGGAUUAGUAAGUACAUAUAAUUUUAAUUUAAAAAAAAUGAAAUUGGUUGCUGUCAUUUUCUUAAACACAUAAGUAAGCUUUUCCUAAUUGUAUAGGAGACACUGUAGGCUUGCUUGCCUGUGAAUUCUAUAUUUUCCUUUAUUCAGGGAUCUGUGACUAGCAUAGUUGCCCUCCUUUUAAACACCCACUCUCCAACUCCCACUUCUCACAAUUUGUCUUCUUUCUUUCGUUGUUCCUUUAUCUACUAUAUCACAUAAGGAUAAUCAGUAAAAUUAUAGAAACACCUGGCCUGCUAUAGGUAGAACAUUUGGUUCGAGUGUCUGAUGACAUAAAAUUUACUUUCUGCUAAAACAAUUUAAAAAAUAUUUUUACGGGACAUGGGAAAAACCCUAGCUCAGUGUUUUCCAAACUUUUUAGUUUGUGGACCUGUGUACAAGUUGAGAAAUUGGGACAUGGGCUGGUGCCAGAUUAUUAUUUUUUUAUUUUGACCUUAAAUAUUCAUGUUGUUUGUACCAGGAAUGUAAGGCUCGUGGACCAGUGCCAGUCCGCAGACAUCACUUUGGGAAACACUGCCCUAGAUCAGCAUUACCCGAACUUUUGUUUCGUGGCCAUGUUAAGGUCAUACUUCUCCUUCAUGACUCACUAAAAUUUGUAUCGCUUAUCUGGCCCACGGGUAACAUAAAAUUUAUUAAGUGUCCAUAUCUUUUCUCUUCUUAUGCCUUUUACCCAUCUUUUGCAUAGGCCGUCUACAAGAAUUUUCCAUUCCUCUCUGUCCUGAGCUUUCCUUUCCAGUUCCUUCCGGGUUCAUCCCAUACUUUGGUGUAUCUGCCUCUUAGUUUGUGUCUCCAUGUAUUCUGAGGCCUUCCUCUUUUUAUUUUUCCCUGUGGAUUCCAUGUUAGGGAUUGUCUGGUGAUGUGAUUUGGAGGGUUUGCGGAGAGUAGGGCGUCCCAAAAAAAUGAAGUUUUGAAAUGUUGAUGUCUCACCCCACAGAAUAUGUCUGUAUGGUAACAGUACUUAACCUGCAAAAUUUCAGCUCAUUUGGACAAUGUUUAGAGGUCCCCCAAGAGGUUUAAAGUUCCAGAUUUUGGUGUAAAAUCAUUCGCGGUCAAAUCUAAUACAGCGUUAAUGUUGCAUUAUAUGCAAAACUGAUAUAUUAAGUAACAAAUUGAUGCUUAGUAUUGUUUAUAAUAUUAAAUGAAACAAAAUAUAUAAAUCUUGAAUGGUUUAUAUUUUUAAAUUUGAAAUUUAAGUAAAAAAUUAUGAAAAACAAAGUUUUAUUCAUUUUGUCAAGUUAAUUCUUGAAAGAAUGUCAAUCUGCUUGAAAAAUAAUAAUAAGCAAUGCAAUUAAGCAUUCCUAAUAUUUAUCUUGUACUUUGUACUGUAGGUUAGACAAAAAUUUUAAAAAGUUCUUCAAAUUUAAAUUUUAGCCAGCUGUUCACGAUUACACUCUGCAAAAUUUUUCUGAUGUUUGUCAACCGCUUGGAGCAAAAAUUGUUUUUGUUCUGCGUCCUGGGUGAUACUGUCAUUGAAAUUUUUUAUCAAUGCUACACCUCGCUCUGCAGAGUCAUUGAUACAAGCCAGAUUCUUUACAAAAUCUGCUCCAACUUUAAAAGAUGGUGUAUCUGGCCAUGCUUCAACAGGAACAUCUAGAAAACUGGCAUCAAUGUUGGAUGUUUCAAAAAAUGUGGUAGACGCACGCAAAUCAACAACACUUUUUGGUAGUGUUUUUAUGAGAUGCGGUCCAGGUUCUGAUUGCAUUGUCCGAACAAGGCCAGUUUUUUCUUUGUCCGACAAAAGGGCUGAAAAUAACACAAGCGUCCACAGUUCCGGACUCAAGUACCACGAGUGACGCACCAUCAUUUUCAAUCCAGUCGAUCGAAGAACAGCAUCAUCAUAUUCGUAUAAACGCUGUAUCAACAAGAUAUCAUUCACAGGUGCAUCUGCGGUGAGCCUGCAUGAAAACCAUGAUUGAAGAUAAACACAUAUGGUAAACCGAUUAAAGCGCUGAAUACCUUGUAAUUCUCGAGCUGUUAACUGAAAGAUGGUUUCGUUGCCUGCAAACAAUAGUUCGAUUUUCAAUGCAUAGAUUGCUUUCACCAUCCACCUUGCCCUAUGUAGGGCACCAGGUCUGCGGAUGAGAGAGUGAGGUUGACGCCGUGCAACUCUUCCUCACUUUAAACAAAAGUCACUAGCGCAAGUCAUCAGUCAUUGGACGACUCGAUUGUCAUCGUCGAUCCUCGACAGAUGAACAACAACACCACGUGGAAAAUAGGGCUCAGCUUGCAGUUUGUACAUAAUAGAACAGAGCGGUCUUUGCAAAUAUGUCCAAUAAACUUGUUGAGUUGAAGUUGUUUGAAGUGUUUGUAAAGAUUUCAAAACACUGGCGAUGUUCUACCUCACAGUAUCUUGGUGCGCUGGGACGAAUCGUCUUUACUUGCGGAGAGGUGAGGAAAUAUGUAACAUCAAUAUUGACUGUCUGUUGUCUUCAUGAGACAGUGAGUUAGACGGAUAUUUAUAUUUAAAUGCCCCUCUUGCUACAAUUGAUGGCAGGUUAACAAUGUUAAAAAACACAACCAAAGCCAUCUUUUACCUUUAGUUUUUGUAUUUACAGAGAACACCCUCGCCAUUUGGUCCAUGGCGAAUAUGCCGCCUUUGAUUCUGUUUUUACAGAGCACAAACUCUGGUUUCUUGCAAUCAGUGUCACUUUCUAUAUUUGGACAAUUGUGUAUUGUGUUCGGGAGCAAUUCAUUUUUCCGAUUCGAGCUCUGGUAUUUGAAAACGUUGUUUCUAUCUGAACAAAAACACUGAUUUGUUUCUUAUGUUCAAACCCCUUGGGUAGUAACAUCUUGUUCCGUUUCACUGUUUUAACUAGGGUGAGUCUGUUCUUGGCCAUUGGUUCUGCAAGUUGUAGUGGAGUGAAAUAAUAGUCUGUUCUGAAAUUGCGGCCACUUCCAUGGAAGUCCAUUGUGAAAGAAAUCACAGUCUCUGGGGAUAUUCUAACAUUUCUCUUUGCUGGCAGGGCACUUGCAUUUGCUAUGUCAAGAUAUGGGCAGCUUCUAAAGGAUAGUUCGAAGACGAUUCGCAGGCCCAGAAGUUUGCUGUUCCAUAUUUGUCUGGCUUUCUUGGCAUAUAUUCAAUAAAUCUGCAACCAACCAGUUGCUCACCUACUGGGAUGUUCUUUCCAGGAACAAAAUACCUUGCCAAAUUACUCAGGAGCUUCUAAUAUAUCUCUUAUGGGCGCAAAGAUUUCAUGAGCCAGAAAAGAUUAGUCUAAUAUCCUUGUUGUCAAAGCCAAUAUGAAUCAGAAGUUUGCUGAAUCUCUUCAUUAAUAAUGCUGCCCUAAAAAGAGGAUUUCCAUUAACAACGCUGAAUAAAAAUUCCACUGAAAUGCUGUUGAGGUGAAGAGCGCCAGUGUGUAGUAAGCAGCCACUAAAAGCUUUCAUUAGAUCGCAUCAGUCCCUUGCCAUUUAUUUCCUUUUACUUUCUCGCCUUCACUGUUGGUGCAUUCAGCUAUUGUUUGUAUUAUUUUUCAUUAAUGUACAGAACAAAUGCUUUAGUGGGAGAAACAGAAUCUGUGAAAGGAGUUUGGUUACAAGGAAACUAAAUUAUGGCACAUUGUAAAAAAGAAAAUAACAUAAAGAGAGCUAAUUACUGUGAUAUAAGACUAUGGGUGUAAUCUUACCCAGUUUCCAGGAAUAGCCAGAAAUACUUUUUCCCAUUAUAAGUGUAUGGGUGUGCCACACCGAGUCGGACAGGGUAUAUAAUAUGUUGCGAUGGAAAGGGUUAAAAAAAAAAUGUAAUUCUCUCAAUGUGACAUACAAACCAGCCUUUCAAUCAAUAAAUGUAUUUAUAUUCCUAACAAUGUCAUGAUUUUAAUUUUGUCCCUACCAUACAUUGCCUUUUACUCUGGUAAAAUAAAAAUAAAUUAUGCUAAGCAUAAAUAUUUUAAAUUCAAAUAUCCCUUUUAGCGGCAUCGAAUAAAUCAAAAUGGCCAUCGACCUUUGAACCAUAAAACACUUGUGAGGUGGAUAUCUGCAUUUCUACCAGCACCAAGAGAUCCAAGACUCAGGUUACAGGUAAGAACUAGAGAUGGAGUAAUGAUCGCUAAAAUUGAAACCCUCAUGUCUGAUAAUAUCAACACCCAAAUAAAAAGUUUAUUAUAUAUUCAUGUAAUUGUCUCCCACUAUGUUUAUGAACAUACCUAGCUAAAAUACAAAGUUUAAAAAAAUUAGUUAUGUUAUCAAUUUGCUUACUUUAUUUUUUUAGUCAGAGCUGGGACCACAGAGCAGUAAACUAAGUCGAUGGGGAAGCUAUGGCAGCUUGCACUCUGUUGGCUCAUUUACCAGUAUCAAUGGAAUAGUCCAGGAGGAUUUGGGAGAAAACCUUGUUAGAUUUAGGUGAGAACUUAUUGUCCACUUAGAUCUCUUCUUCACUUCACUUUUAAAAUGAUUUGUUCCCCUUAAAUGACUCAGAAGUUGGUUUUAGAAGUUGGCUUUUUCAUUGUGCUCGAGGCGAACAUCCAUUGUUGUGGAAUGAAAUGGCUUAAAGGUUAUUUAUAAAACUGUUUUUAUUUUGAAUGAUUGCCACUUCAUCUUCAUGACAUGGUAACCUAUCUUAGCUGUCUUAAGUAAGAUUGGAGUCAAAGGCUAAUAUGAUAAAUUAGCACAAACUGAUCAUAGUUUGGCCAAAGCUACCCCCAACUUGUCUUCUUCUACCAUCUUUACUCAUGGACAGAAAAUAAUGCUUGAGUAAUCUAAAUAGGAACUGAUCCUAUUAACAGUCUGCUUUAUUUUUAAUAAGGAAGUUAUUAUUUCUGUAGGUGAACACAUUACCACUAUUAAUUUCUUUUACAACAUAAAUAAAUAGUAAACAUAAAAAAAGAGAUGAAAAUUAUUACAGGAUUCAUAUUCUCAAAGUAAAUAGAAGCCCAUUGUUAAAGAAUUUUUAUAUUGUGUUCUAAAAAAAAAAAAAGACCCAUUUGUGUGUGCUUUUACUUAAGUUAGGUUUUUCUUAAAUGAUGUAAUCACUAUAUUCAAGACAACAUGAAUAAUUAAAAUUGUCUUCGAUUUGAUACAGAUUUUUUUUAUCCCAUGAUUUGUUUGCUUUUUUGCAGGUGCGUAACAUAGAACUUGUGGUUAUUGCUUCAGAUUUCUUAAAUCCUCAUUUCCACAGGUUGGGUUGCACUGAUGAAGAUUCUGAUAUUUUUGAUGAUCCUCAUUUUGCAAUCUUUAACCAAGAUCAUCUGACUUCCACUCCUAAUUUCAACACCUCAAUAUGCUCAAGUCGUGAAUCCAAUGAGUUGGCAGCCUCUAAUAAAUUAGUGGAGAUGGAAGAGGAGCUUGCAGUUCUGCGUAAACAAAUUGCAAUGUUGGUGAUGCAACAGGAGCUUUCAUCGAUGGAUCACACUGGUAACACAUCUGGGUUAACAUUUUAUCAAAAUUAAUUUAUUUUUGCGACUGCUGCAUAUUUAGAAUUUCUUUUAGAAAAUAGAACAAUUUUUAUUUUCAUAGGCUUAAAUAUAUUUUAAACAAUUUUUAUAAGUUAAAUAAAAAUAAAUCAAAGAAGCUGAUGUUUUAUUUUUAUUACUUUUAAAAAUCUUGUGUAAAAUGAGGGGAAAAAUGUACAUUCUAUAAGAGACUAUCUAAUUAAAUAAAAUUGUUCCCUUAAACAAACCUUUUUACUUUUACAAUUUUGGCAUACAAUGUAAGAUUUUGAGAUGUCUGUUGAAUGUAUGCUGAGACCUGUCAGAACUAUGAUUUUAAGAGGCUGGGUUGAAAAAAAUAUAUAUCUGUGGUUUUUCUGAUAUAAAAUAAAUGUUCUUUUGUUAGUUUUAGCUCUUUUCUUUAUCUGGCCAUGAAUGGACCCAGAAAUACAAUUGGCUGGGCAUCAUCCAUAAUUAUAUUACAGACGCACUGAGAGAGGAGAAGGGGGGGGGGUGGUGUUGACAUACAUGCGGCGUGUACAGGCCACCUGUCGGAUUUAUCACAAAUAAACUUAUUUCUUUAUUCAAUUAGCGAUUAUUUUCUAUCUUACCAUAAUGCACAUUUUAAAUAUAUGCAUCACUUUUUAGUGACCACUCCAGUUUUGGACUGAUCUUUUUAAAAAAAUUGUGAACAAUUUUACUAUUUAAUAACUACUAAAAUUAAAGGAUUUAUAUUAACACAACAGGGUAAAGGUAAAUAAAUAGUUGAACAAGAUAUGUUUAGGCUUGAAUAAAGACAGGCGCCUACUUUUCCAUUAGCAUUUCUUCAGUUAUUCUCCAAUUAAGUGUAGAAUGAUGCAAAACUAAAUUCAGGGAUAUUAUCUAAAGUUCAUCCCUUCAUUUAGAAUUUUAUCAUCGAAAUAUCUGUUAUUCAAAAAUGCCGCCCCCCCUCAAUACAAUAGAAAAAAGUGCAGCUUGUAGCGGACCGCACCCCACUUCCUACCCCACUGUAUACAUUAUACAGUAUAUUUGUUUAUUUACUAUUAUGAUAGGGUAUUGAAGGAUUUUGAGAUGGUUAAGUACCGGUACUAAUCUGAAAAGAUAUUUUACUAUUUUUGGAGUUCCAGGGUAACCAGGUCUGCUUCUUGGUUUUUGAGUCAUUGAUGAUUGGAUGUGUUUAAUGUUUGAUAUUGUAGGAAUCGAUGAUGAUUGGAUGUGUUUAAUGUUUGAUAUUGUAGAAAUUGACUAAAAAAAGUGCUCCUUCUAACUAAUUAAAAAUUAAUUCCUUUCUGGUGUGUCUAAGAAAACCCCUGUGCAGGUAGCUAGAAAUAAAAAAAAUCUUUAUUUGAGCAACUAAGUUUACUAAUGCAGGAGUCUGCAAAUUUUUUGGCAAUGGGUAUCAAAAUUGAGGUGCUUUGGGGGGUGGGGGGAAUUAGCCCCUUGGAUAGCAGACCUCUAAACUAAUGAUAACAUUACUUACCAUAGUCUAUGAACUGCGAGUAUUUUUAUUAUUGAUGAAAAGUUUUUAUUAUUUUUUUUUUUUCAAAGAUGAAGUAAAACCAGUUUGCAGAAGCGUAUCUCAAGUUGCGGCAAUACCCUUGCCAAAGUCACCAGAUUCAAGUUCAUCCUUGGAGGACUCUGGCUGUGAAAGUGAAAACUUUCCAACAGUAGUAACCCCAUGCAGCAGUUCAGAUGAUGGAGUACAAUCGGCUGAUUCCCCCCACCUUUCAGGACACCAACAGAUAUUUGUGAUACCAGCUCCACCUCCUCCACCUCCAAAGUCAUUUACUAGCAUUUCUUCUUAUUCCCAACUCAAUCUGCAGGUUAGCUUAAGUUAUCACAUUGUUUUAAGCUCAACUUUCUGAAUAUUUCUUUCUCAAAAUUAAGGAUGUCAUAGAUUUUUUUUCCCAGCAACAUAAAUACAAUACAUUGAAAAAUCAUUUUUAAAAUUUUGAAAAAUCCGCCAGGGAAAUUGUAAACUAAACCUGAUAUUAUAUGGAAAUAAUUUUGUUAAAAAAUAAAUAAAUAAAUUGUCGUGAAAUUAAUACACUAGAUUUUUGCUGUUAUUUCAGAAGACUUCAAUACAACAAAUAAUUUGUUAGAUACUAAUGCUAUUGCUCCUGAUUUCAUCUUCCAGAAAUCAAGUGCCCCUUGUACAGAUAACUCUGAGAUAAAAGGGAAAAUAUCUACCAGUGCUAGUUUCCCAGAUAUGGCUCAUGUGUUGAAAGAUUUGACCAAUGUUAAGUUAAAAGCUGUGCAAAGGUGAGAAGUGAAAUCUUUAAGAUCAGUUGGGUAGAAUUAUGCAGUCAUUAAUUUUUAAAGUCAUUUUCACUAGCUGAAAAGGAUUUAAAAUCAUUGAUGAACAAAAUUGAUCCAAGAAUCACCCAGUGAGGUGUUUUCUCUAUAGGUACAAUGCAGACCUAUUUACUCCUACUAUUUUUAGUGUACAUUGUACAAUUUUGAUAAGUCUUUUACAAAUGUAAAUCAAACCCUCUCAGAACUACAAUUUCAAGAGACUGGGUUUAAAAUGUAUACAUUUCUGUAGUUUUUUCUAUUAACAAAAUAUCAAAGUAAAUUUUUGGUUGUCAGUUUUAGAUCCUUUCUAUAUCCAGUGGUAAAUGGAUAGAGAAAUAUGAUUGAUUGAGGAUCAUCUAUAAAUUAUAUUACGUUUUGCCAGAGAGGGGAAGUGGGUGCGUUAAUUUAGAAGAUUUUGUGUACCAGUGUGGGGAUGUCUAAAUUUUUAGUUCUAUAAAACUAACACUUCCACGUUUUCGUAACGAUGUUGAUGAAGGUGGUCAUAUUAUUGUCUUGGGUUUUCAUAAUGAACUCGCUAGACAAAGCAACACUAUUAUUUUAGUGGCCCUAGUGAUAACAUUAGCAGACCUGCCAACCCUUCUGCCCUAGUGACAACAUUAGCAGACCUGCCAACCCUUCUGCCCUAGUGAUAACAUUAGCAGACCUGCCAACCCUUCUGCCCUAGUGACAACAUUAGCAGACCUGCCAACCCUUCUGCUUUUGUUGGAAUUAUGCAGGUUUUUUACCCCUCAUUCUGACCUUCCUACAAACCCCUUACAAAUUCUGAUUUUAAAAACAUUAUAAUUUUCACCUGUCAUAAAAAUCUGAAAGCGACCCAAAAAAAAAAAAAAAAAAAUCGUGUAUGACAGAAAGUGGUGCGUUUCAAUGAUGCCACUUCCUUUGUUUUUAUAGAAGCCAACUGCGAUCUAUAAAUCAUUUUUCUAUCAUCAAUUGAUCCGAUCGUGAUUCAUCAUUUUACAAGGCUAAAAAAUAAUUGAGUUGUGUUGUUAAAUUUUUAUUUUUAUUAAAGCUUUUCUUAAUUAAAUGGAUAAAUCUAUUGAAAGUGGUGGUUACAAUGACGUUACAAAAUAUUUUAACACAAAAAAAACCAACAUAUUUACUAACAGCUAAGCAUGUGAAUCUACUACAUCCUUGUCUGAUUGUUUGCUAAGGAAUCGGACGAUUCAUUUAUCAGAUCCGAUGUUUUAUUUACCACCUUUCUUAUUGAAGGAAAUAUUUCUCUAGCCAACUCUGAUCGUUUUAAUGCCAGAGUCAAAGAAAUGUUUCCAGACUCGCAGAUUGCAAGGAGAUUGUGAAGAAAAAUUGCAAUGAAACAAGGCCAAGCCUGAAAUUUUAGACUCUUUCCAACUUGCUUGCAACUAAACUCAGUUGCAAUGCUAACCUUCAGUUGUCCAAAGAGCUGUUGGACAAGUGCAAAAAGGCCACUAGGGAUACGCUGGAAAACUCAAUUUAAAACUGAACUCCUUAACAGCCUGUGUACAUAUGUAAAUAAAAUGGAUAUUCUGUUCUGUACAGUAUAUAUCUUUAUAAUAAUAUAAACAUUUCUAGUAAUGUUUUUCUCGUGUUCUUUGGACUUUUCGAAGACAAUGGAGGUAAAUUUAUAUUUCUUUAUUUACUAAAAAAGAUCGUAAAAAAAAAAAAAAAGGUAUGUUGAUCUCAACCCCACCCCCCCACAGAUUUUUUUUCCUUGGGGGGUUGGCAGGUCUGUAUUAGUUGAUCCUCGCUUUUAUUUGCUUCAGGGCUGUAUGAAUUAAUUUUGUGACAUAAUUCUUUCAUUCAGCUGAACCACAGCGAGUGCGAAAACUAAUUUUAAAAAAAAAUGUGAACUCAUUUUUAACUUUUCCGCACAGCAAUAUAAGAAUUCAACAUAUUUUAUAGGAUCUGUAAGGGCCUUUAAAAACCAUUUUUAAAACACACAAAAUGGCUACAUGAUUUUUAAUACUCCCAUUUAAUUUCAAUGCUCUUCUUCCUUUCACCCAUUUACAGCUUGUAACGUAUAUGUUUACGGGAAAUAGGCUUGAUGGAAUUUUUUUUAUUUUUAAAACAGCUUUUUCCUAAAAUUAAAUAAAUUAGCAGUUUCUUCGUAGGUUUUGUAAAUGACACUCUCAUUUGUAAUUUAGUUUUUAUUUCAAUAAAUUUUAUGCUGAAAUGACUUUGAGUAUGAAACACAUUAAAUUUCUUCAUUAACUUUAUUUUUACCGGUGACAGACUGUGAUAAUGUGAUCUGCACCUUCACCCAAACAUUAAUUGAUAUCUAUGACAGAUAUACUUCUGCAAAACAAAGUGACCACAGAUUGCAAUAUAAACAUCAGUUAUCUACUUUUGGAAGUUACUUUUUUUGAUGUCAGCUUAACUCGAUCCCACUCUACAUGCUAGUAGUUAUUGUUUACAUUAUAUAUACUGUUUAUUUACUAUAUAGAUAUGCUAAUGUACGAUUUUGAGACAAUAUUGUACCAUGUAAGGAAUUCAAAGGAGAAGAAGAGGAUACAUUUUAAAAAUGUGUGCAUUGUUUGUGGAACAUUUGUAUUUAAUGAAGAAGCAUGAUUUGGAAAUAAAUUCUAAAUCUUUUCCCUUUCAAGUUAUAGUACAAUAUAAAUUAAUUUUUAGUCAAUUAAUAAUGACUCCUAAAAUUUCUUUUACCAAAAACUUAAAUUACCUUGUUUAAUAUCUUUAUGAAUAUUUAUUUUAUUUAUUUAAAUGAUCAUAUGUGAUUAUUAGAAUAUAACUUUGAAUAGAAAAGUAUUCUUUUUAAAUCAAGCUUAGGUUAGUAAUAAUUAUUGUGUUAGUGUCACAAGUAUUUUCAAUAUGCUCAGAUCACCUGGAGGGACCCCCAUGAGAAGGAAACCACUGUCUGCCGCCACAGAUCCCGCAUCCAUCAUUGCUCAAGCUCUGAAGAAAAAAUUUGCUAGACACAGAGGUAACAGCCCCGACUCUGAUCUGGAGCAUGACAGCAGCGGCUCCUUUAGAUUUGAACAUUGUAGUCCUGUAAGUUGGAGAUAUCAGUAGCAUGUUAUAUAUGCAUAUAAAGGUGUGAAAAUAUGCUCCUGUUUAUUGUAAAAAAUACUACUAAUUUGUUUUCUUAACCACCUUAUAAAACCAAACCAAGCUGCAACAUGUCACCAUCUUUCCAGCCUUUAGAUGGUGUUAAUUCAAAUGCUAUUGAAAUACUUUUAGAUGUUUUUUUUUAAUAUUUCCAAGUUGUUUGGGGAUUUGAACAUAUUUUAUUUGAAAAGUGAUGCUAAAAUAAUUUUAAAAAUAACUAAUUUUAAAGAAAUUCUUUGAAAUUAAAUCUUUUGAAAAAGUUUUAAACUUUAUAUUUUUUUAGUUGUGCUGUUGAAUCCAACAUAUUUUUGUUGUUGAAAUAUUUGAAACAAAAAGCACUUGACAUUAAAAUAUUUUAAAUGUGUUGAGCAUUCUUAAUUGCUCAUCAGCUAUGAUUUACAUGUGAUACCUUAUUUCAGGGAUGUGGCCCAUUCAAUAAGCAAACUAAGCGAAGACUAAGCAUUCAUGAGGAUUUGUCUGACAACUGGAGUCCGGUCUCCUCUCCGAUGAAACCUCAGUGAAACCUCAGAUAAACCUUUAGGAUGAGUAGAAAUUUCCAGCUCUUUCUUCUGGCUAUGGAAGCAGCAUCAUUCCAUGCAAGCAGAUCAGGCAAAAAAAUUAUCCACCUCUUAAUCAACCAUGACUGGGAUUGGAACUAACCUUUUUCUACUUAUAUUUAUAUUAGCUUAACUCAUUCCCUCUGGCUGUUCAACUUCAGGACAUACCAUGAGCCUAUUGCUGAAGACAUCAUCAGGAAAAGAUGGUUUUGGAUACGCUACUCUCUUCAUAAACCCCCAUAUAUCGUCACCUUACAAUCCCUAACAUGGAAUCCAGAGGGCAAGAGGAAGAGAGGAAGGCCAUCAAACAUGAAGAUGGGAGAGGCAGACAACACAUGAAGAUGGGAGAGGCAGACAACACAUGAAGAAUGGGAUACACCUUGAAACAACUGGAAAGGAAAGCAGAGGACCAAGAUAAAUGGAGAAUUUUUGUUGAAGGCCUAUGCCAAGUUCAACUUGAGUAGUUUUCUUCAUCUGAACAAUUUUUAAAUUUUUUUUACAUGGAUUAAUAUUAAUUAAUUUUAAAAAAGCACAAGUGUUUGCAGAAAUUGAUUAGGAUAAUGAAAAUAUAACAUUAACAGCCAAAGAAUAAUGAACAACGACAAAAAAAACAAACAAAGAUGGCUUCUCAAGCUAACGCCUGUGGUGGACCUGUGUUUUUGUUGCUACUUUUAAAUAACAAGGAGAGAGACACAUUUGAUCACCUCCCUCUGGAUGCGCCUCUGAAUAAUGCAUGUAUUUUUCACCGUUGGGAGUGAGUUAAGUUGAUAGAUUGUGUUUGUUUUUGUUUUUCAUUAAAAAGACUAUUUUUUUUAAUAAUGCAAAAUUACUAACUUAAAUUUUCGUAAGUUUCCUUAAAGUUUAUGACAUCCCAAUCAACUAUUUGCAGAGGCUAAUUUAUUUCUUUAAUUUUUGCCUCAGUUUAUCACUGGUAUUAUACAGUGGUGAAAAUAUCAUGGAAAAAGUUGGUUAACUUGAAAUGUCCUUUUGUGGUUAACAAAUGCGUUUUAAUUUGAUACUAUUAUUUUACUUUAAUUAAAAAAUUAAACAAUGAUAAAAUAUUGUCAUCCAUUAUUGACAGGAAUUAUUUUGAUCUAAAAUACUUGUAACAUUCAAGUAAAAUAUUGUCAUUCAUUUCGAUCUAAGCAAUAUGUUUUCAGUUGAUAUGACAUAAUUUAGACAAGUUUUUAGAUAGUGUAGACAAUGUGACAUUGUAGUGAGUAAAGUAUUAAAACCAACAAUCCUGUUGUUUGGAGUUGAGAGAUGUCUACACUAAAUGGUUGACAUAAUUCAUAAGGUUUGUAUUUGUCUAUUUUCACAGUUUUAUUACAACUUGUAUUAUAAAAAUGCUGCUGCUGUUUUAUUUUGGAAGUGAUGGGUGACAUGUACAACUAAUCUAAAUUUUAAAAAUAUUUUUAGUGUUAUUAACAGCGUAGCAGUAAUAUUUUAUAUUAAUUUUAGUGAGGACAAUGUGAAUUAAUGAAAAUAGUGGCAUGAUCAUACAUUUUUUGAGGUCUCUGCGAUUUGCAUUGCUCAAAUCUACACUUUAUUGAUAAAUAAUAACACAGUAUUUAUUGAGUGAAGAAUUUUUAAAUUUAAGUACAUAAAAGGGGUUAAUUAUUUGAUAGAUAUCUUUUCCACUUGCAAACUUAUUUUGAUAAGCAUAUCAUUGUCAUAACCAUUGAUUUACCUUUUGUUUUUACCCCAGAUUAGUAAAAUUAAUUGGUACAAAACUUAGGAAUAUACCGGUAAUCAAAAUUCAAACAUGGUAUUUUUCUAUAAAUAAAAAUGUUUAAUUCUCAGAUAUUUACAAGAAUUAGCAAAUAAAUAUUAUAUGUUAUUUUAGCAAUGGGUCUAGAACAACGAAAUGAG